AUGUUCUCUAUAUCUCCAAAUCAUACUCCUAAAAAUUUACUCGUUACUGGAGGUUGUGGUUUCAUUGGAUCAAAUUUUGUCAAUUAUAUUUUUGACAAAUGGUCUGAAACUAAAAUUGUCAAUUUUGAUAAAAUAGCUUUUGGUGCUAAUGAAAGACAUAUUGAAGAGAAAAUAAAAAAUUCUGGAAGAUAUGUUUUUAUUAAAGAUACUUUAUGUAAUCAAUCUUCCGUUGAAAGUGCACUUCGAGAACAUAAUAUUGAUACAAUCAUUCAUUUUGCUGCUGUAACACAUGUAGAUGAUUCAUAUUCUGAUAGAAUUGGAACUAUUCAAGAAAAUGUUAUCUCAACAACAGCUCUUCUAGAGGCUGUUAAUAAAUGGGGACAUUUAAAAAGAUUUGUACAUAUUUCAACUGAUGAAGUUUAUGGAGAUUCUCAUAAUGACAAAACACCAAAAAGUGAAAAAUCUUUAAUGAAUCCUACCAAUCCCUAUGCUGCAAGUAAGGCUGCCUGUGAAGUAAUUGUUAAUUCUUAUCAUCAUUCAUAUAAAUUACCAUAUGUUAUGGUUAGAAUGAAUAAUGUUUAUGGUCCAAGACAAGCAUAUUCUAAAUUAAUUCCAAAAUUUACUAAACUUGCUUUAGAAGGUGAUCCAUAUCCACUUAUGGGAGAUGGAAUGCAUUCUAGAUCAUGGAUGUAUGUUGAUGAUUGUGCUGAAGCAAUUAAAAGAGUUACAGAAAAGGGAAGAAUUGCUCAAAUAUAUAAUAUUGGAACAGAAUUUGAAAAAGCCAAUCUUCAUUUAACACAUCAAAUUCAUAAUAUUGUCAAUACUUUAGUUAAUAGGGAAAACACAGAACCAAAAUUUACUUAUAUUCCAGAUCGACCAUAUCAUGAUCGUCGGUAUUAUAUUGAUUUUUCAAAGAUUCACAAUGAAUUAAACUGGUCCUGUACCACACCAUUUGAAGAUGGACUUAGUAAAACUAUAACUUAUUAUGUCAAAGAACAUUUAGACAAUUUGAGCUUAAUGAACAAUAACCAACGUAUUCAAGGAUAA